GUUUUUCCGCACGGAGAGGAACCUUCAGAUAUGGACUUCGGGCAACGAUUUGGGAGAGCGGAACCACUACAUCUGGACGUCUACGGGUGAACGGUUCUUGUUCCGAUGGUUGGUCGGCGGGCGAGCCUAACCACAAGAAGGUGGAUGACUGCAGGGUGGAGCGGUGUGUUGCCUUCCAACACUACGAUAUUCCCUAUAUGAUCAGCUAUUCGCUAGACGACAGGGACUGUGAGACAGAGUACUACUUCCUGUGUGAAUCGUUGGAUGGGUAGUGGUGCCAGCAGUACCUGAGAUGAUGAAUCUUAUAAAUCUCGAAAAAAAACCGAUUUUAGUGGAAGAAGUAAUUUUAAAUAGCUCCAAAAAAAAGGAUAGCAGUCACCCGUGCACCACCGGCAUAUCAGCAUAGUGAAGCAUCUUCGAUCGUAAACAUCAUCCGAAGUAAGCUAAGGUCAACUCAGAUGCGUGUGUGCGUGAUACAGGUUCCGUCUAGUGUUCAUCAAGCGGAUGAAUGCUCUUCCGUGUCUGUCUGCGGAAAGAUGAUGGUCUUGCACGGUUAACAGUGUGCCCGGAACCAUAACUAAGCGAUGACGAAACUACAGAAGGUGUUCCUGCUUCUUGUGCUAACGGUAUUCCAGCUGUCGGCCCAGAGCAGCAGCAGCAGUGACACCACGUUCGGGAUCUUCCGCCAGAAGGAGUACUACUUCAGCAACUCGUUCAAGCUAAAUUGGUUCAAGGCGGUCGAAUACUGUCGAUCGCGUGGUAUGUUCCUGCUUUCGGUCAGGAAUGCCGAGGAACGGGAAGCGGUGAUCGAGUAUCUGGACAGUACGGGAUACACCAAAACGCACAAAUCCCUCUACGCUUGGAUGUCCGCCAACGAUCUUGGCGAGGAGGGUGAAUUCCACUGGGCCUCGACCGGCGAGCGUGUGAACUAUAUGAACUGGAGCGACACGGAACCGAAUGACUACCGGAUCGAUGAUUGCACCGGGGAGGACUGCGCGAUCUUGGAGUACUGGGCGGAGGGUGGUGCAAACUACAACUACACAUUCAACGACCGAUCGUGCGCGCGCGAAUUUCUGUUUAUCUGCGAAACACUGCCUGCCUGAGGACGGUUUUUGUUGUUGUGGUGUGGUGUGGUGGACCUCAUUUAAGACCAAAUAUACAUGGUUGUAACGUUGAA